AUGGCUUUUCACUCACUAAUUAUCACAGCACGAGGGUGGCGAAGCCCCAUCGGUCGAGUUUUGACAGCCGUCCUUCCGCCCGCUAAUUUCCUGACACUGCAUUAUCUCUACUUCAUCGGGACCUGUCUGAUUAGCAGUAUCAUUUUCUACCUCACAUCCACACCUUGGAAGAAUGUGGCCUACGUUGAUGCCAUCUUCUUGUGCGUGUCGGCUAUGACCGGGGCGGGCCUUAACACUGUCGACCUGUCAACUUUGAACACAUUUCAGCAGGUCAUCCUAUUCACCCUACUGGUCCUUGGCUCGGCCAUUCUCAUCUCCAGCACUGUGCUGAUGGUGCGCAAGCGGGCAUUUGAGGCUAAGCUAAAAGGCGUCUCGGAUGAACGCGAGGCUUCCAGGGAGGCCUCCAGGCGUGCAUCAGUCUUGGAACUGCAGACGGGAAAUUCGGAUGUCUUGGAACAUUCCCCUUCCGAUAACGACCAUACCCUGCCAGGAUAUCGCAAGAAAUCAGCCACUGUCAACGUCCAAGAAACUUCAGCGGAAUCGUCUGCCCGCCAUGAUCAACACUGGAUGGACGAUGACCAAGUUACAGUGGCAGAUCUACACCUACGACACCACCGUCAACACACUCUCUUUCCCAUGGCGGGUAUUGGAGCCCGGCCAGAUCUUCAAAACCACCCCCGCGACGUGGUUGGUCCAAUGCCUCUGUAUGCCGAAGAUGAAAACCCAAGUUUCAAGCAUAAGAUGAUCCGCGGCACGCAGAAGUCCUUCUUCUCAAAAGGGAAGAUCUCGCGUAACUCACAAUUCUAUGGGCUGACAUCUGCUGAGCGCGAAGAGCUUGGCGGCGUCGAGCUCAAAGCAGUCUCCUUUCUCUCCAUUGUUGUCUCACUAUACUUCGUCAUGUGCCUCCUGUUCGUAAACGGACUGAAUCCCUUUUGGACGGGUGCCUUCUUUGCAGUCUCGGCCUUUGUGAAUAGUGGCAUGUCUCUAUUGGAUAUGAACAUGACCGCUCUGCAAUUAAAUGCCUACCCCCUUCUCACACUGGGAUUCCUCAUUCUCGCCGGGAAUACACUUUACCCCUGCUUUCUCCGCUUCAUCAUCUGGACCAUGCGAAUGAUGAUACCUGACCGACCAGCGUGGAAAUCAUGGCGCCUUACUCUAGAUUUCAUCCUCGAGCAUCCACGGAGGGUAUAUACCAACCUUUUCCCAGCCCGGCACACCUGGUACCUCCUCGGUACGAUCAUAAUCCUCAACGGGAUCGAUUGGGCCGGUUUCGAACUCCUGUCCAUCGGAAACAAAGAAAUUGAAGCCCUCCCAUCCAAGUACCGCGUCCUUGACGGCUUGUUCCAAGCGCUAGCCGUGCGCGCCGGAGGCUUCUACGUGGUCACAAUUGCCGACCUGCGCCAGGGCCUAUUAGUCCUAUACGUGCUGAUGAUGUACGUUUCAGCGUACCCUGUACUCCUCACAAUUCGCAACACCAAUGUCUACGAGGAACGCUCACUGGGCAUCUAUGCCAACGACGAAAGCGAGGAACCCGCUAACACAAGUCGGAGUAAUGUGCUCAUGGAUAUCAUCCGCCAGCACAUGGGUCGUCCUACACUAACCGAGUCUUCGCGCGGGUACUUUGUGCAUCAACAACUGCGUUCCCAACUCAGUCAUGACUUAUGGUGGAUUGCACUCGCGGUGCUGUUCAUAGCAAUAGCUGAGAGCGACCACUAUACGGAACAACCGGUCGCAUUUUCAACCUUCAAUAUCAUCUUCGAGGUUGUUUCUGCGUAUGGUUGUGUUGGCGUGAGCGUUGGGUAUCCCGGGAAGAAUUAUAGUUUCUGCGGCGCUUGGCAUACUAUUAGCAAGUUGAUUCUUGCUGCUGUUGCUCUUCGUGGACGGCAUCGUGGAUUGCCUGUCGCCAUUGACAAGGCUAUCAUGCUACCCAGUGAAUCUUUGGCGUGGGCGGAGGAAGAAGACGCUGCGAUGAGAAGAGAGCGGACUAGGGCUUGGGGCCAGGAGAGGAUACCUGUUGGAUCUGUGUAA